AUGAAGCAAAAAGAGAAUCCAUUUCAGACUGAUAAAGCGGAAAUGUGUGCUUUCUUUGGAAUUCGUCUUAUUAUGGGCUACCAUGUUUUACCCUCUAUCAGAGAUUAUUGGUCUAGUCAACCAGAUCUUCAGGUCCCAUUUGUAUCAAAUACAAUGCCUCGAUUACGAUUUGAGACAAUUCGUUCAGCAUUGCAUUUUGCAAAUAAUGAUGAAAUGUUACCAAGAAGUCAUCCACAGUGUGAUCGGGCUUUCAAAUGGGGAUUUAAGUUGUGGUGCAGAUGUGAUGCUGUAACAGGCUACCUUUAUCAGUUUGAUCUUUAUAAAGGACGCAAAGUAAGCACAGAAUAUGGCCUUGGUGAGAGUGUUGUUGUCAUUUUGUCAAAAAAAAUCGAAGAGUUAUGUUGUCAUGUUUUUAUAGAUAACUUCUUUAACUCGCCACUAUUACAAGUUCACAUGCUACAAAAAAAAAUUUAUUUAUGUGGCACUGUUCGUAUUGACAGAAAGUAUAUGCCAAAUAACUUCAAACCAGACAAGGAAAUGAAGCGAGGAGACAUGGAUGCUAUGACAGCUAAUGGGAUUACUUGUGUCAAAUGGAUGGAUAAUAGAUCAGUAACUCUGUUGUCUAAUUUUACACAAUGUUCAAAAGAUGAUGUAUCGCUUGUUCUUAGGAGGAAUGCAGGAUGCGCAGAAAAGUUACGAGUUCCAUGUCCAACUAUUGUUACACUUUACACUUUACAACAAAUUUAUGGGUUGUGUUGA